AUGGCCAACGCUUCACGGACAAUGCCCGCGGUAGUGGACCAGCCUGCGGAGGCCGCCCUCGGUCCUCACGCAUUCGCCGGGCCGUCGACCACGAAGGAGAGUGGCACCGUGACGGAGAAAAAGCUUGAGGCCAGCGCAGAGGAGUGGACAUAUCCGGACGGCGGUUUGCGAGCCUGGAGUGUCGUCUUUGGUUGCUUCAUCCUCUCUUGUGCCUUCAUGGGUUCGGGUCUGGUGUUCGGUGUCUUCCAGGACGCCUACCACACGGAAGUGUUCCCAGAUGUCAGCGUCAGCACGAUCAGUCUCAUUGGUGGGGUGCUGAGCUUCUGCUCGCUAUCUACAGCAUACCUCGCUGGAGCUUUGGGCGAUCGAUAUGGGUACAUUCGAAUGAUUGUCCUGGGUUGUGUUCUUACCUUCGUAUCCGUCCUCGGUGCUUCCUUCUCCACCAAGUUGUAUCAGAUAUUCCUAUGUCAGGGCGUAUUCCAGGGUAUUUCGCAGGGUAUCUCGAUGCCGAUGUAUAUGGCCCUGCCAUCACAGUGGUUCCUUCGCAGGCGGGCGCUCGCCACCGGGGUCGCCGUCAGUGGCGCGGGCAUAGGCGGCGCAAUUGGAAGUUUGAUUAUGCGGCCACUGAUUGCGAAGCUGGGAUACAGGCAUGCGUUGCUCAUCUACGCCUGCGUCAACGCCUUCUUUACCGCCAUCGCGUGCAUGCUGCUGAAGGUCCGCCCACCGCCCUGGCAGCGCACCGCGAAGAAGCGGUGGCUCCCGCGCAAGGUCGACGGCCGCUUCUGGAGCAUCUUCCUGGGCAUCAUGGUCGCCCAGUUUGGCUUUCUCGUACAUACCCCCUCCGUUCUGCCGCCUUGCUUGCUUACUGACAGGACGAUCCACCUUUACAAGUGCCCCUUCUACUACAUCACAACGUACACCAAAACCGUCGGUGGGAUUCCCUCCGGUGGCAACGCCCUCAUCCCUGUCGUCCCGCUCGUCGUGAUCAACUUGUGCGCGGCUGUCGGUCGGAUCGGCGCCGGCCAGCUCGCGGAUACGUUCGGCUCUAUCAACGUCUUCUUCCUCUCCUUCUUCCUCGGCGGUAUCCUGCAGAUGGUCUUCUGGCCCUUCACGGCGUCCUACGCGUCGGUAAUCACGUUCGGCGCCGCAUACGGUCUGACGGGCGGCGUCUUUAUGACUUUGGUUCCUCCCGUGUGCGCAAAAGUAUUCGGGAUGGAGAAUUUGGCGACUAUAACUGGAUUAAUGGUUCUGGCGAACGGUCCCGGUCAAUUGGCCGGUCCACCACUCGCGGGUUUGAUCUUUUCUCAUACGGGCGACAAUUGGGCGUAUCUCGCGGUGUUUUCAGGGGCGACCAUGUUCAUUGGCUCUCUCCUGACUUUGUAUGUCCGAUUCCAGCAGGACAAGCGUCUCUGGGCGGCGGUGUAG